CCUACAUUGACCCCCCUCGACUCUACCAUAACCCCAAGGACGAAACUAAACUACGAUCCAAGACACAGAAUGGAGUGGGAUCCCACCCAGUUCUUCCGUGAUGAUCACACUCCAAACCCCUUUGCGCUGUUGAUCCUCAACCAGCCAAUCAAUGAGCGCGCGUUUCGCGUUUUGAAGAGACAUGCAAAGAUAACGCUCUGCGCGGACGGCGGCGCAAACCGCUUCUACUCGAUGAUGGAAGCGCACGACCGAGAAUCAACAGAUCUCCCCGAUCUCAUUAUCGGCGAUCUAGACUCCAUAACCCCCGACACAAGAGCCCACUACGCCAAUCUAGGCGUUCGCAUUAUCGAAGACGAAGACCAGUAUUCGACGGAUUUCACGAAGUGUUUGGAUUAUCUGCGUGCGCAUGUAGGGGACUUUAUUUCCUCUUCAUCUUCAGUAUCGAAACCAGAAGGAGAAGAACAGAAUGAACAAGGAGGAAGAGGGAGCGAGCUAGACGUCCUCAUCCUCGGCGGACUGGGCGGCCGCGUUGACCAAGCUUUCUCGCAAAUCCAUCAUCUCUACUCCAUGACUCAAACUUACAGCUCUUCUACGUCCAAUCAAGAAGGGACAGGGAAGAUAGGGAAUCUGUAUCUCAUCUCCGAGGAGAGUAUUACGUUUAUCCUGCGGCCCGGGGUGAGUACCAUUCGGACGCCUGGGACGAAUCGGCCGGGGGUAUCUCCUGCGGAACAAGGGGAGGAUCUGCUUGAGGAGAAUGUGGGGAUUAUACCGCUCUCGGGGCCGGCGAGGAUCACGACGAGUGGGUUCCAGUGGGAUGUGGUGGAUUGGAGGACGGAGAUUGGGGGGCAGUUGAGUACGAGUAAUCAUAUUCGGAGCGAGGUGGUUACGGUGGAGAGCUUGGUGCCGGUGCUUUUUACGGUGGAGUUGGCGGAGAGGUUGAAGAGGACGAGGUAGUCUUCUGUCUUUCUUUUUAUAUAGUGUAUCGUUUGGGGUUGGGGUUAUAGAAGCAUACAAUACCUAGAUAGAUACCAACAGCUACUGUACGAUGAAU